AUGGACCAACCCAAAUGGCAGGAACGUACCACCGACGAGAUACAGAGCCUCAAUGACCAGAAUUCGGAGAUUCUGAAACAGCUGACCAACCUUCAGCAAGCAACAUCAAGCAUGACAGACGCGCUUGGCAACGGCAAAUCUCUUUGGAACUUCUCUCGAGGCACAUCUCAAGCCCACGGUCUUGACGAAGUGUCAGCAAGAUUGGCAGGAUGGAUGAGACAGAGCGAGAAAGUAGCCGCCCAGCAGCAUUUCCUGCGGAGCUUGUACUACCCAUCAAUGGACACGCGCCGCACAACAAUAACAGCCGCUCACACUCACACAUUUGAGUGGAUGUUCGAUUCCAAGUCCGCAGACUCAGGCUUCUGCAACUGGCUGGAGCAUCAGAGCGGUGUCUUCUGGAUCUCAGGAAAGGCUGGUUCGGGAAAAUCAACGCUGAUGAAGUUCCUGUACGACCACCCCAAUACCAAAACCGCGCUUCGCACAUGGGCAGGCGACAAAGCUAUUGUCACACCCAACUUCUUCUUUUGGAAAGCCGGGACAGAUCUGCAGAAGUCACAAGAGGGCCUUCUACGGACUCUGCUUUGGGAGUGGUCUGCAUAUCAUAAAAACGGGUCAACGGCGUACAUGUGGGCAUAUGGUGAGCUGCUUGAGGCAUUUAGCCACCUGGCACAACAGAGGAGAGUUGCAGCUAAGUUCUGCUUCUUCGUUGAUGGUCUCGAUGAGUACGAGGGAGACUGUGAGCAACUCGUCCGUUUGCUUGCUGACUUGGCAAACAAGUCUCCUGAUUUCAAGAUAUGUGUGUCAAGCCGACCAUGGAAUGUGUUCAAGAACGCGUUUGGUGGAGAGAUGUUUCCGAAACUGCACCUGGAAGACCUCACCAGAGCCGACAUUCGAGCAUACGUGACGGAUAAGCUUGGAGAAAAUCAGCUUUACAGGAAUCUCCAAGUCCAGCAGAACAGUCGCAACCAUUUUGUUGAGGAAAUCGUCAGUAGAGCGAAUGGGGUAUUCCUUUGGGUGCAUCUGGUAGUACACUCACUUCUGGAUGGACUACGGAACGAGGACCGGCUGUCAGACUUGGAGAGAAGACUUCAACUCUUACCGACCAGCCUCGAGGGCUACUUUCAACACAUGUGGGAGAGCCUGGGAGGGGCUUACCAACGACAGGCUGCGGAGACAUUUUCCAUCAAGCUGGCAGCAGAAAGGCCACUCACUCUUAUGACCUUUUCAAUGCUUGAUGAGGAAGAGGACAACUUUGCCGUAAAAUGGGAAACGCACCCAAUGACCCACGAGGAGCUCUUCCAUCGCCAUGAGGUCAUGAAAAAGAGGCUGAAUGCAAGAUGCAAAGAUCUACUGGAAAUCAAACCGGCCUGGAAAGACGACCAAGUCUUCCCAGCGAGAGGCCGGAGGAGCCUGGACAACGAAGCGAAUGCGCGCGAGUUUUUUAAAUACCGCGUAGAGUUUCUGCAUCGUACCGUUAUCGACUUUUUGACGUCAGAGAAGAUGCAGAGCGAAAUGACGGCCAAACUUCCACCAAACUUUGAUCCUUGGAAGCAGUUGUGCCUCGCAUUUUUGGCCCAGAUCAAGAAGAUCUCUAUGACUCCUCGCUUUGUGUUCCACAAUGGUCCCAUGUCGAGUCUAGUUGAUGAUCUCGUCAGCUGUGCUCGGAAACUCCCGGCCACAUCCAAACAUUUUCAACAGCAGACGCAGCUGAUGCUCGAGCUCAGGAAGGCCCUGGGCGAAUGUGAAGACGAAACUUCCACCAAAGCAAGCGUUCUGCUCCUCCCAGCUCCGCGAUCAGAGCACGAGGCUCCUGAUUUUCGUGGAAGACCAGCUACAACACGAGUUCUGCUCAUUAUCACCUCAGGAGUUUGCUCUACUCCUUCGUGCCUCUCUUCAUUUGUCAGAGACAUCUUCAAGCAUGGGUACACCAGAUCCAUCUAUGCUUCAACUGCUGCUCAGGAAUAUGAACACAAACCAGAAAGAGCUCCUCCGGUCAAUAUGGAAUGA